CUGAUAAAGACGGUGAAAAAGUUACUGUCGGAGAGCAAUGUGAACUUGCAAUAAGUGGUGGUUCUGUUGAAACCUAUCACAGAUUAACAGGAGAAAGUAGAAUGCCACAGAGUGAAAUUCAUUCUGACAUUACCAUCAGUGAUGUUCUUAAAAAAGAGUCUGAUAAAGACAUAAACUCUCACAUUUUUGUAACAUCAGGUGAAGAAAGAAAGAAACAGAACCAAAUUACAACUUCAGAUCCUAAAAUUCAAGAUAUUGAAGAAAGUAAUGUGGGAGAGCAAUCUAAACUUGUUAUAAAUGACGGUUCUGUUAAUACUUAUGGCAGAUCAUCAGGAGAUAGUAUAAUGCAACAGAAUAUAAUUCAUCCUGAUGUUCCUAUUUGUGAUGCAAUAGGAGAAGAAUCAGAAAAAGUUGCAGAUCUAUGUAUUAUGAGUGGAACUAGUGAAAUAAAGGAAGUUCAGGGUAAACAUAAUUUAAUUUCAACUGCUGACUUGAAUAAGAUUGCUAUACAAGAAAACAUUCCACACUCUGGCGUUGAAGCUAUUAAUGUUGCAGCUUUGGAGAAAGAGAAAGUUAAAAUUCCAUUGCUGUCUGAAACUUUAGAAAAUGAUGAUGUAAAUGAGAAAUCAAUUACUGAAAUGAUAGAAGAAACUAAGAUUGAAACUGAUUCUGGUGUUCUCAGUAAUAUUAGAAUAACUGAAUUAAAUUUGUCACAAACUAUUAUUACAUCUCCUGUUACUGAGAGUAAAGUAGAAACUCAAGUAAAACUUUUUGCGAGUAUUGAAGAUGCUGCAGAAGCUCUCCCUGCUGUAGAGCAAUCAGAAAUUUCUCCAAUGGAAGAUUCAGUGACUGAUACUUGUCUUUCACAAACACCACUUGAAUUCGAUGCAGUUGUUGACAAUGUAUCAGAAAAAAUAUCUCAAAUAGAUGCUGCAGAAGUUCUCCCUGCUAUAGAGCAAUCAGAAAUUUCUUCAGUGACUGAUACUUGUCUUUCACAAACACCUCUUAAAUCCGAUGCAGUUGUUGACAAUGUAUCAGAAAAAAUAUCUCAAAUAGAUGCUGCAGAAAUUUUCCCUGCUAUAGAGCAAUCAGAAAUUUUUUCAAUGAAAGAUUCAGUGACUGAUACUUGUCUUUCACAAACACCACUUAAAUUCGAUGCAGUUGUUGACAAUGUAUCAGAAAAAAUAUCUCAAAUAGAUGCUGCAGAAGUUCUUCCUGCUGUAGAGCAAUCAGAAAUUUCUUCAAUGAAAGAUUCAGUGACUGAUAAUUGUCUUUCACAAACACCACUUAAAUUCAAUGCAGUUGUUGACAAUGUAUCAGAAGAAAUAUCUCAAAUAGAUUCUUUGCCUGUUUCGAAAGUUACUACUGCUGAAAGAAACGAGGAAGAAAUUUCUGAUGUAAAAGAUUUAGAUUAUCUAGCUCCAAAUGUUGCAGCAGAUAUGGGCACGGUUAAAAUAACUCAGCAGGUUACAGUUACUAAAUCCAAACAAAGUGUAAAUAGUUCUUUUCCUUCUCAAAACUUAAAUCAAGUCUCUUCUGACAAGAAGACAGAUGAUGAAAUAUGUUUAGCAUCAAAGGAUUUAGCUCCAAAUGUUGCAGCAGAUAUGGACACAGUUAAAAUAACUCAACAGGCUAUAGUUACUGAAACCAAACAAAGUGUAAAAAGUUCUUUUCCUUCUCAAAACUUAAAUCAAGUCUCUUCUGCUAUGAAGAUAGAUGAUGAAAUAUGUUUAGCAUCAAAGGAUUUAGCUCCAAAUGUUGCAGCAGAUAUGGAUACUGUUAAAAUAACUCAGCAGGCUGCUGUCACUGAAUCCAAACAAA